AACUGACAUCGAUAGUAUUCAUAAACUAUCGAUAGUGGCUACAAUUUUCAACUAUCGAUACUAUCGAUAUUAUCCCGUUUAUAGCAUCAAAAAUUCCGGCGUUAUGCUUAUUUACAGAAGUCUUUAAACAUUUUUAAAUUGGUGUACAUAUAUAUAAUCUGCCAGAAAUGACACAUAUUACGGCCCGGGUAUUUGCAGCAAUGCAAAAUUUGGACAUUUCUGCUCUUUCUACUUAUCCACCACACGAAAUUCGACCGGUCCUGCCUUCUCUAGUAAGAAUGAGUCUAUUAUCCCCGCUUGAUAACACGGAAUCAUCGAUGGAAUCUCGCAAACAAAUUUUGGCGGUACUAAUAGGGAUAGAAGUCGUAAACAGCAUAGUUUCGUACUUGCAAGUCAACUACCAUGAGCUGGAGCAGGAAUUGAAAAAGGAAUUGCAGGUUCGCCAAAAGUCAAUGUAUUUCGAGGGACAGCAACCUGAAUUUGGUUUGCAGACUGGUAUAGCUCUGGGUUUCGAACGAGCCGACGUUACUCGAAAAGUGCGUGUUGUCUUGUCAGAAAUUUUCAAUAUACAAUGGCAAUUAUCGGACCAAAAAAACUUUUUGCAAUCUGAGAUUUUGGAUGAUGGAAUAUAUUUAGAAGAAGUUGUCGAUAUUUUAUGCAUAGCCUUAGCGGAACUUCCAUCACUGCUAAAUAUUUUGGAAUUAUCAGAUGCGUUGGUGCACGUACAAAAUGGACAGAGGGUUAUAUGUGCAUUAGUUGCAAAUUUUCCUGAUUGCUACAGAGAUGUUGUAACUCACAUUAUAUUCAAUUGUGAUGAAGACAGUAAUGAAGGAAAGUUAAAGCUCUCGUUAUUAAUGGCGCUAAAUGAAAUGAAUCCAUCUCAAGCAUUACACACCAGAUCUACAUGUGUUGAUAUUUUGAAAGUUCCAUCAUUUAUGUUAAAGCUCUGUUUGAAGUUUCCCGAAGACUUGAUUGCCUUCCUGACGGGCAUGCUGCUGGGAAAUGAUCAAAAUGUGCGCACAUGGUUUGCUAUUUACAUUCGCUCAAGUCAAAAAAGGAAGAGCGACGCCUUAAGCUUGGUACGAUACGAACUUCUGCAACAAUUGCAAGAAAACGUACAACAAUCCUUAAAUCCUGAAAGCGGUGAAGAUUAUACAGUUCAAGGUGUGGUUUUAAUGCGUUUGUAUUGCGCCCUUCGAGGAAUAGCUGGACUUAAAUUUAAUGAUGACGAAGUUAAUGUGUUAACUCAAUUGGUUACAAGUCGCCCACAUCCUACACAGUCUGGACUUCGGUUUGUUUCACUAGCACUUUGCAUGCUUAUAGCGUGCCCAUCGCUUGUCUCUACAACUCUUCUUGAAAAUAAAGCAGUUGAAUGGCUACAAUGGCUCAUAAAGGAGGAUAAGUUCUUCGGAAAAAAAUCAGACACAACUGCGUCGUUGGGUGAAAUGCUGCUUCUGCUCGCAAUACACUUUCAUAGUAAUCAAAUUACGGCAAUUAGCGAAUUGGUUUGUUCAACUCUAGCAAUGAAAAUUCCUAUCCGGCCAAAUAGUACGAGUCGCAUAAAACAGGUUUUCACGCAAGAUCUAUUUACUGAGCAGGUCGUAGCGUCUCAUGCAGUUCGAGUACCUGUAACUCCAAAUUUAAAUGCGAACAUUUCUGGUUAUCUUUCAGUGCAUUGCAUACAUCAACUUUUAAAGUCGCGGGCAUUUCUGAAGCAUAGAGUACCUAUUAAGCUAUGGAUUUACAAACAAAUUUGUAGUUCUGUUCGACCAGUACAUCCAGUUAUGCCAGCUUUAAUCGAAGUGUAUGUCAACACACUAAUAGUGCCGAAUCCGUUAGGAAAAGUAAAUGUCGAUCAUAUGCACAAACCUUUCUCCGAAAAUGAAAUUUUAUACAUUUUCAAGUCGUCCAAGACUACUACAAUUGAUAGUAAAAAUAUUCUCGGAGUAUCACAAAUGUUAACAUUCGGUGCAACAUCCACCGAAAUGGAUGAAAUAAUGAGCAUUGAAGUCAAGUGCUCUUUAACCGCACAAUUGCUCAUAUUAUAUUAUUUGGUUCUAUAUGAAGAUACGCGUCUUUGUAAUACACACAACCAGUCCUUGGCUGGAAAGAAAAUAAAGGAGUACUCGAACAACUUUUUGGCAGAGCUUCCAAUGAAGUAUUUGCUACAGAAAGCGGAACAAUAUCAGAUCGAUUAUGCCGGUCUAUUUCAUCCAUUACUUCGCUUAAUUAUAUCCAACUAUCCUCAUUUAAGUAUGGUUGACGAUUGGAUGGAGGAGCAUUAUGCAUCAAUUUCCGUAUCAUCAAAUCUCAUGUUAAAUAAGCAAAUUGAUCGAUCCCUCGUAAUUAAGGCACUGGAUAUAAUAAGUACUAAAUCUUCAAUAGCCAUACGAGUUUUUAAAGCUCUUUUAAAGCUUCCCGUUGAAGACUUGGCGCAGUAUACAGAUCUAAUAGUGGAGAAUAUGCCUCAUGUUUUUCAAAAGAACGUUCCACGAAUUAUUCAAGACCUAUACAAAGAUAUAUGGUUGCGGCUUAAUUCUGUCCUUCCCACUAGUUUUUGGAAAAUGUCGCUUAAUUCUGUCAUGAACGCAGAAACGAGCUCCCCAUGUUGCACAUAUGUUAACGAAGAUUUGUUGGAUCCAUUACAAGUUUUAAGGUGUGGAAAGCAUGUCUUCUAUUCCCCCCAUACUCUUAUGAUCCUGUUACGCAUUUUGCAAGGAAGUUUGGCAGCAUCCAAAGCUUUUCUCAAUAUCCAGAUGCAAUCUAAGCAGAUAUUAGACAAAAAUGGGCAAUUGCAGUGUGACAGCGAUCGAGACGAGUUGAAAACAGCUUUGAUUGCUUCACAGGAGAGCGCGGCUGUCCACAUACUCCUAGAAGUUUUAGCUGAUAUGAAUAAAAAUGCCGUUGAUACAGUAUCAACUUUUUGCUUACGGGAAACGCAAGGCAUAAUUUGCUCCUUCAUACAUCAAGCUUUUAUAUCUGAGCCUUCUUUGGCUAAACUUGUACAUUUUCAAACAUAUCCGAGAGAAGUUAUACCAAUGAUGGUAAUGGGUGUUCCUUCCAUGCAUAUUUGUAUUGAUUUUCUUCACGAGUUUCUUACUAUGCCGGAAAUGGAUAAACAAAUAUUCACCAUAGAUUUGGCAUCUCAUCUCGUACUUAAAUACGCUAUACCUAAAAGCUUAAGUGUUGCAAAAUUCUGUAUAAAUACGGUUCAAUCAUCCUUGUCGUUACUUUCUACACAAGCUAAAUGCAAAUUUUUGAGUAACAUUCUACCAGCCCUUAUUCGAUUCGCGGAGGCUUUUCCUAUUUUAGUUGAUGACUGUAUUAAUAUACUUAUGCUAACUGGAAGGAGCUUGCAUUCGCAAGGCACUUUAGGCAUUAACUCCACUCAAAUGCAGCUCACAUCAAAUACGAAACAAAAGUGCUUCAAGGAUACACAGCAGUACAUAUCCAUGAUAGAAGAGGCAUUUGAAACGUUGAUAACAAAAAUAGUAAAUAAAGUGGAGCUGUACUGAACUAUCAGAUUCAAUUUUAA